GAGCGACUCAGUUGAAUUUGGAAUCUCAAACUUUUCGCGAUUAAAUAAAAGAUUUUGUUUAAAUAUAAUUAUUUGCUUGUUACAUUGAAACUUCGUUAUAAACAGCUUGCAAUUUUUGAUUUGUCGGAGAAACUUUUCAUUUAAAAUCUAAAGCAAAAAGAACGAAUUAAAUAUGUGCGGUUGCUUUGUGUGGAGUGAUCUUUGAAUGAAUGAACAUUGAUAACGUUUAGCGUCAAGAUCAGUGACAAAAGGCCAGUCACGAAAGCUUAUCAAUCAAUGAAUCGUCGUGAUUUCUAUAGUCAGUUAAAUUUGAACAGCACAGAAGCAAAGUCAAUCUUCUCACGAGUUUAAUACGUUCAAAAUACAAUGAAACAUUCAUUCGAUGUGAGUGGUCAAAAGACCACUAAAAAAUGGCCUCAAAUGGUUGCCGGAUUGUCAGCUGCAGGUGGUGCAUUUGCCGUUGGUUCAGCAUUAGGUUGGCCUGCAAAUGCUUUGCCUUUAUUUGUAGAUAGCAACAGUGGAUACUUUCCAUUAACUGAAACAGAACGCGGUUUGGUUGCGUCAAUAAUCACAAUUGGAUGUGCCAUUUCAUGUCUGCCGAUUGGAUUUCUUAUGAAAAAGUUUGGAAGAAAAUGGACAAUGUUAAGUCUCGUCGUGCCUUUUGUGAUAGGCUGGGCUUUGGUGAUCUUUGCCAAAAGCUUCUCAACACUUUUCAUUGGAAGAUUCAUUAUUGGCAUUGCUGGCGGAGCCUUUUGUGUGUCAGCUCCACAAUAUUCUGCUGAAAUUGCAGAGAAGGAAAUUCGCGGGAUUGUUGGAACAUUUUUUCAACUUCUUAUCAUUGCUGGAAUUUUAUUUUCUUACAUCACAAGUGCUGUGUUGUCUCUCUUCGUCUCAAGUAUAAUUUGUGGGGCGAUUCCAAUAGUUUUCGGAAUCAUUUUCUGUUUCAUGCCAGAAUCGCCAGUUUAUUUAGUCAUCACGAAACAAGAUGAUGAAGCAAUAAAAGCAUUCAAAUGGCUCCGAGGCAAUGCUUAUGACCCGCAAGACGAAAUUAAUGAACUUAAAAAUGACAUUCUCGAAAAGGAAAACAAUCAAGUCACAUUUCUUACUGUUGUGAGAAGAAAAUCAACAAUUAAAGCUUUGAUUAUAGGAUUUGGAUUGAUGAUUUUCCAACAGAUGAGUGGAAUCAACGUCGUUAUUUUCUACACGACAAUGAUUUUUGAGUUGGCAAAAACUGGAAUCGAUGGAAAAUUGUGUACAAUAAUCAUUGGAACAGUUCAUCUCAUCGCAACAUUAGCUGGUGCGUUAUUAGUCGACAAAGCUGGAAGAAAAAUUCUUCUUCUAAUCUCAAUUAUUGUUAUGACGAUAACAUUGAUAUGUCUCGGAAUCUUUUUUUAUAUUUUGGAUAAUGAUCCAGAAACAUCUGAAAAACUUGGUUGGUUACCUUUAACAUCGCUCAGUUUAUAUUUAAUUGCUUUCGCUAUCGGUUACGGUCCCGUGCCAUGGUUAAUGUUAGGCGAAAUCUACACGAAUGAAUAUAACGCGAUUGCAAGUCCAAUAACUGGCGCUUUUAAUUGGGGACUUGCUUUUAUCAUCACUUCAACAUUUAGCAUGAUAAGUGGCGCAGUAGGACUUGCGGGAACUUUUUGGAUUUUCGCUGCUCUCAGCAUUUUGGGGACACUUUUUACCUUCUUCCUUGUUCCGGAAACAAAAGGCAAAUCAAUAAACGAUAUUCAACGAAUGCUUAAUGGUGAAUAAAGCUUAGAUUCACCUUCAAGGUUCUUCACAUUCUCCCCUUACAUAACAUAAAUAUUGAUAACAUUUUAUUUAUCACUAGAAAAUGAUUUAUAAUGUUUAUAAUUUGAUCGUGAUGUUAAUUUGUUUGUGCCAAUUAAAUGACUAUUUUAUUAUUAAAUCAAGUCCAGUUUUUAUUUAUAAAUAAUAAAUAUGUAGAUAAGAAAUAAAACUUGUUCUAUUAAAUUGAGAAUUUUACUAAAACAGAAGUUAGAACUUGUUUUUUGUUAGAGAACGUCUGCAAUUUCCGUUUGA